AUGCCAGGCGAGCAGCCUGUAGCGGGGCCAGUGGAGGCUGGGGCUGCAGAAGAUGGGACUGAGGAAGGCCUCGGGGGCCUCACCCCAGAGGAACUCCAGCAGGGCCGGCAGGCCGCCCUGGCCCUAGAGGACAUGAUGGCACUGAGCGCCCAGACCCUGGUCCAUGCUGAGGUGGACCAGCUCUACCAGGAGGUGCGUCCCCUGGGCCAGGGCCGUUUUGGUCGCGUCUUACUGGUCACCCAUCGUCAGAAAGGCACGCCCUUGGCACUGAAGCAGCUCCCGAAGCCCUCCACGUCCCUCCGUGGCUUCCUGUAUGAGUUCUGUGUGGGCCUGUCCCUGGGCGCCCACCCAGCCAUUGUGGCUGCCUAUGGCAUCGGCAUCGAGUCAGCCCACUCCUACAGCUUCCUGACGGAGCCGGUUCUGCACGGGGACCUCAUUACCUUCAUCCAGCCCAAGGUGGGCCUCCCUCAGCCCGCGGCCCAGCGCUGUGCGGCCCAGCUGGCCUCGGCCCUGGAGCACAUCCACUCCCGCGGCCUGGUGUACCGGGACCUCAAGCCAGAGAACGUGCUGGUGUGCGACCCAGCCUGCCGUCGCGUCAAGCUGGCCGACUUUGGCCACACACGGCCCCGUGGGACCCUGCUCCGCCUAGCCGGGCCACCCAUCCCCUACACAGCCCCCGAGCUCUGCGCCCCGCCGCCUCUCCCCGAGGGCCUGCCCAUCCAGCCUGCCCUGGAUGCUUGGUCUCUGGGGGUCCUGGUCUUCUGCCUCCUCACCGGCUACUUCCCCUGGGACCAGCCCCUGGUGGAGGCCGACCCCUUCUACGAGGACUUUCUCAUCUGGCAGGCCUCAGGCCAGCCCCAGGACCAACCGCAGCCCUGGUUCGGCCUGGCGCCUGCGGCAGAUGCACUCCUGUGGGGGCUGCUGGACCCUCACCCCCGAAGGAGGAGCCCGGUGGGCUCCAUCAAGGGCUACCUGGGGCGACCGUGGAAACAGCCGGAGAGGGAGGCUGAGGAGCUGGGAAAGGGGGCAGAGGAUGGGCAGUGA